AUGCCCCUCUGCCCCGCCCCUCACACAGCCCCUCACACAGCCCCCCCACAUAUUCUACUCCCAACCACAACCACCAGACUCAGGAUGGAGCGUACCCUUGUUGCCGUGAAGCCCGAUGGCGUUCAGAGAGGUUUGUGCGGAGAGAUCAUGCGCCGCUUCGAGCAGAGAGGCUUCAAGCUGGUGGCCGCCAAAUUCAUGCAGGGCUCUGAGGACUUCAUGAAGAACCACUACUUGGACCUGAAGGACAUGCCCUUCUACGGAGGACUGUGCAAAUACAUGUCCUCUGGACCUGUGUUCGCCAUGGUGUGGGAGGGGGAGAACAUUGUGAAGCUUACCAGGAUGAUGCUCGGCGAGACCAACCCUGCUGAAUCCAAACCCGGCAGCAUCAGGGGCGACUUCUGCAUUAACAUUGGCAGGAACAUCAUCCACGGCAGCGACACCCUGGAGAAUGCCAAACGGGAGGUGGGACUGUGGUUCAAACCCGAGGAGUUUGUCACCUACACUUCCUGCUGCCAGGCCUUCAUCUAUGAGUAA